AUGUCUCAGGGAGACUCUGUGAUUCUCGAGACUAGCCUGGGAGAGAUUAAGCUGGAGCUGUACUGGAACCACGCCCCUCGUACCUGUCAAAACUUUGCCGAAUUGGCCAAACGUGGCUACUACAAUGGUGUCGUCUUCCAUAGAAUCAUAGCCGAUUUCAUGGUGCAAGGCGGAGACCCGACGGGCACGGGGCGAGGUGGGACAAGCAUAUACGGACAGAAGUUCGAAGAUGAAAUCCACCCGGAGCUACGAUUCACUGGUGCGGGUAUUCUUGCCAUGGCCAACUCCGGACCAAAUACGAAUGGAUCACAAUUUUUCUUGACCUUGGCUCCAACACCAUUCCUUGAGAACAAACAUACCAUCUUCGGCCGCGUAAGCUCUGGCAUCCGCGUUCUGCAACGACUCGGAUCCGUGGCUGUCGACAAUCAGGAUCGCCCGAAGGAAGACGUAAAGAUCCAUCGUGCACGUAUAGCAUAG